AUGAAUAGGGUGGUUGAGGUGUAUUGUGUGCACCCUGAUGGUGCAAAACGUCGUGAGGAACCAUGUUCUGCUAAGAAUGAAUCAGCAAGUGGAAACCAUUACAAGGGGAAGGGGGUGUGCACAAAUGAUGCUGAGAAUGGAAAGGGGAAUGCCAGAGGUAAAGGGGUUGCUCAAGGGACUGUUGAAGUGUCUACUGAAGGUGGUUUAAUUGGAGAUAUGGGAAGGGGAAACGCCAGAGGAAGAGGGGUUGGUCCAAGAACUUUUGGAUGGGUUGCUGAAAGUAGUGUAACAGGCAGAGGAAGUUCCCAAUGCAAUGUUACACAAGGCAGCACUACACAAGGCAGUAGAUCAUCAGUGAGUCACCCAGCUGUUACUUUCUUUUCGUCGUCCUACAACCGACGUAUCUCCGCCGGCGUCAGCCUCACCGCCACCCUGGACGGUGUUUCAUGCGAGGAAAGGAAAAACCAACAUGGAGACUUCAAACGGUUACCUCAACAGCGGUCACCAAUACCCUUCUUUUUCUUCCUCCCGGAGAGAUGUCACUUACAG